UUAAUUCAUAGGUGUAUGUUGUGGUACCAAAUAUACAUCUCUCUCUCUCUCUCACCGAUACCUGUUUCUCUCUCUACUGUCUCCCCGCGCCGGGCGACUGUUUCCUCCUUUGAUCAGUUUUUGCAGUUGACUUUCACUAUGGCGGAAUCAAAUCCCGACGCCAAUUCCAACGUAUCGCGCAAGCGUCGGAAAAUCGACCCGGAUUCGGACGCCCGGAUCGCCGCGGAAACGGGCCCGACCCGGUGGCGGACCCAAGCGGAGCAGCACAUCUACUCGUCGAAGCUCGUGGACGCCCUCCGCCACCUCCGCCGCCCCGAUUCCGGCCACGCCGUCCGCGAUGCCGCCGACCGGGUGCUGGCGGCGUCCGCCCGGGGCAAGACGCGAUGGAGCAGAGCCAUCCUCACCAACCGCCUCAGCCUCCGCCUCGCUCACAUCAACAAGAAGCACAAGAAGGCGGCCAAGCCGGGCGCCGGAAGAUCCCGCUCGAGGAAGGUGGCGGCGCAGAAGAAACUGCCGCCGAUGCAGAAGAAAGUUAAGGUCCUGAGCCGGUUAGUCCCCGGCUGCCGGAAGGUCUCGCUGCCCAACCUUCUAGAAGAAACCACUGAUUAUAUUGCGGCUUUGGAAAUGCAAGUCAAAGCUAUGACUUUUCUCACGGGCCUACUCAAUGGCGGCGCCUCCGCCGCCGCUUUUGGCCACUCCGGCCAGAAUUUUAGUUCGUCUUAGGUGUUUCUUUUCCCCUUCUUUUUCUGUUUCUCUUUUUCUUUUUAAUUAUUUUUGGGGUUAAAAUUUUUGAAUUUUUAAGCCUAUGUUAAUAAUUAAGGUUGAUAUAUUCAUGUAUUUUUUUUUUUUUAAUCUGUGUAAAUUUGCCUGCCUUAGCAUACCCAAUCUCUCUCUUGUUUCUUCGAUGUUUCUUUGACUUUAAAUUGGAAUCAUUUAUUCAUUGGCUUUAUGAA